CUCAGCGGCUUUUGCGAGCCAGGGGAGGGGAGCGGCGGCGGCGGCGAGGGCUGCUGAGCCUCGCGCGGGCGGCUAGGGGCCUCUGAGCGCGGCGGGUGGUGACGCCCCGAGCGGUUGGCUCAGCAUGUCGGUCAGCGUCCAUGAGACCCGCAAGUCGCGGAGCAGCACGGGCUCCAUGAACAUCACGCUGUUCCACAAGGCCUCGCACCCCGACUGCGUGCUGGCGCAUCUCAACACGCUGCGCAAGCACCGCAUGUUCACGGACGUCACGCUCUGGGCCGGCGACCGCGCCUUCCCCUGCCACCGUGCCGUGCUGGCCGCCUCCAGCCGCUACUUCGAGGCCAUGUUCAGCCACGGCCUGCGGGAGAGCCGCGACGACACGGUCAACUUCCAGGACAACCUGCACCCGGAGGUGCUGGAGCUGCUGCUGGACUUCGCCUACUCUUCCCGCAUCGUCAUCAACGAGGAGAACGCAGAGUCGCUGCUCGAGGCGGGCGACAUGCUGCAGUUCCACGACGUGCGCGACGCGGCCGCCGAGUUCCUGGAGAAGAACCUGUUCCCGUCCAACUGCCUGGGCAUGAUGCUGCUGUCGGACGCCCACCAGUGCCGCCGGCUCUACGAGUUCUCGUGGCGCAUGUGCCUGGUGCACUUUGAGGCCGUGCGGCAGAGCGAGGACUUCAACAGCCUGUCCAAGGACACCCUGCUGGACCUCAUCUCGAGCGACGAGCUGGAGGCGGAGGACGAGCGCGUGGUCUUCGAGGCCAUCCUGCAGUGGGUCAGGCACGACCUGGAGCGGCGCAAGGCCCACCUGCCCGAGCUGCUGCGCGGUGUGCGGCUGGCCCUGCUGCCGUCCGACUGCCUGAAGGAGGCCGUGUCGGGCGAGGCCCUGCUCAUGGCCGACGAGCGCACGCGGCUCAUCGUGGACGAGGCGCUGCGCUGCAAGGCCCGCAUCCUGCAGAACGACGGCGUGGUCACCAGCCCCUGUGCCCGGCCGCGCAGGGCCGGACACACGCUGCUCAUCCUCGGGGGCCAGACCUUCAUGUGUGACAAGAUCUACCAGGUGGACCACAAGGCCAAGGAGAUCAUCCCCAAGGCGGACCUGCCCAGCCCCCGCAAGGAGUUCAGCGCCUCGGCCAUCGGCUGCAAGGUCUACGUGACCGGGGGCCGGGGCUCCGAGAACGGGGUCUCCAAGGACGUGUGGGUGUACAACACCGUCCACGAGGAGUGGUCCAAGGCAGCGCCCAUGCUCAUCGCCCGCUUCGGCCACGGCUCGGCCGAGCUGGAGAACUGCCUCUACGUGGUCGGGGGGCACACGUCCCUGGCUGGCGUCUUCCCGGCCUCGCCGUCUGUCUCCCUGAAGCAGGUGGAGAAGUACGACCCCGGGGCUAACAAGUGGACGAUGGUGGCCCCACUGAGGGAUGGCGUCAGCAAUGCCGCGGUCGUGAGCGCCAAGCUGAAGCUCUUUGUCUUCGGGGGGACCAGCAUCCACCGGGACAUGGUGUCCAAAGUCCAGUGCUACGACCCCGCAGAGAACCGGUGGACGAUCAAGGCCGAGUGUCCCCAGCCUUGGCGGUACACCGCUGCCGCCGUCCUGGGCAGCCAGAUCUUCAUCAUGGGAGGCGACACGGAGUUCACAGCUGCCUCGGCCUACCGCUUCGACUGCGAGACCAACCAGUGGACGCGGAUCGGGGACAUGACUGCCAAGCGCAUGUCCUGCCACGCCCUGGCCUCGGGCAACAAGCUCUACGUGGUGGGGGGCUACUUCGGGACCCAGCGGUGUAAGACCCUGGACUGCUAUGACCCCACCUCGGACACGUGGAACUGCAUCACCACCGUGCCCUACUCGCUUAUCCCCACGGCCUUUGUCAGCACCUGGAAGCACCUGCCCGCAUGAGGCGCACCUGUACAGCCCAACCAGACGCUGUGUGUUUCUCCCCACCCCACGGCUGCAGCCCUCACUGUUGCACGGUGGCCCGUCUGCCACAGCGGGAACCUCAGCCCGGCCCCAGGCCCAGUACCCCGAGCAGCUGGAAGUCGGCCCCACCAGCUCUGGGCGGCUUCGGGGGCUGCUCUGAGCUUCAGAGAAGAAAAUCCAUCUCCAGCACCCUGUGUGUCUGGCCGAGGCCUUUCCUGUUUUGCAGUGGUUUGCAGAGGAGAGGACCUUUCAAGGGGAGUGUGGAAGGACGCCAGGACUCCCUCAGCCUUGGGGAGAAGGACACAUUUGCAGAGCUUUGAGGUCGCCUAUUUCAGCAAGUUCUGGAUUGGGACGGGGGUGCUGGGUGUGUGUGUGGGGGGUGUCCCUGAAGGGGUGGGGGUGGCAGCACUGACAGCAUCGUCUUUGGCUCAGGGCUUCCCUAUUGGUAUUGUAACGUCUCCCCACAGAUGAUGUCCCAGGCCUCUGGGAAACAGGUGCACUGGGGCUGAGAGCAGAAUGUGCCAUGGAGAAAGUCAACACAUAAAGGGAGGGAACCCUUCAGUGAUGCCCACCAGUUUCCAUAAGCAAAUCACACUCAGACUCCCAGGGUUAACAGGCCCCUCCCCAGAGUCGGGCCUUGCUCCCAGUGACUUCACCACUUCCUGGUCAGGCCAGCUAUGCCCUAGGAUACUGUGCGUAGGUGCAGAUGCAUGUGGCGAUCAGGGCAUGCGCCAUCACCUCCCCUCAGAGCCCAGCCCAAGGGGCAGCAAUGACCCCAUCUCCUGACAGGAGCACAGUCACCCAAGAAUAUGGCACUACCCUCCAAGACCAGCAGCAGAUAUGAGCUGGGGACCACCGAGGGACUCCAGGGUGCCCACUAUAGAUCCCACCGGGGCUGGACACAUCUCAACUUGGAGGAUGACAAGGCCCAUGACGCUGGCCCCCAUCCAGUGCCCGCUGUCCUCUGAAAUCUUGCCCUUCCAGCUGGUAAUGGGAUCUGGCCCCUUUACCCCCUGAGCUCAAAGACAAUGGUCCCAAGAAAACUGCCAACCAUUUGUUCAUUUUUUCCACCUCCCAAGUCAUUGGGUACCUCAUAGGUACUACCUCAGCAUCUGGGGUUCUGGAGAGGUUGGCUCCUGCCAGCGGCCCUCCUCACACCUAGUGUUAGAGUCUCUGAGCUGGUCCUUCGCUUGCCCCAGUGCAAGACCAUCAGCUGCCACUUGGGAAAAAGCCAAAAGCGGAAGGCACAUCUCCAGGUUCUUUGGACCAUACAGACCCCACCUGUGUGAGAGGCUGACCUCUUGCUGCUCUUGGUGCUUCAUCUCAGCCACCUAGAAGCCAGGUGAGCCAUCUCCCAGGAGAUGGCUCUGCCUGAGAUUUGGGGAGGCCCUGGGGCUGGUGGGGAAGCAGCAGCCCCAGGGCCAGAGCCCACACUGCCUGGAGGGGCCCCUGUGGCCUGUUUCAUUGCUGAGCCGAGUUAAGCACAGAUCUCACAGCACAGUGGACCUCUCAGUGGUGCUUUUCCCAAAAGUUGUGUUGCUUUUAUC